AUGCAAGUUGCUAAGCCCCUGCAGCACCUGCAGCACGUGCUCACUUCACAAGGAAAUUUGACUAUCUUCAUGCGAAACUCACUUCUUAACCAACACAACUCUCGUCUCGCCUCUCGUCAAUCUAUCAACACAGAUCAGUUCUAUCAACUCUAUCAAAUCUACCAAACCUAUCAAAUUUAUCAACCCACGCUGCCUCCUGUUAUUGAAACGAAGGCUCUUGAAGUCGAAGAACUAAUUAAUUACAACUUUUCAGAUAAGCGCAUCACGGCAGAGGCUGUUCAAAUGGCAGCUCCCAAGAUCGCCGCCAUACAGCACAGCACUUUCGAUUCCACUGGUUUGGGUAGCAACAAAAGGCUAUCCGUCUUAGGCAAUGCGAUUCUCGCUAAGGCCGAGUGCUUCCUCAAGCGCAAUGAGCCAGGAACAGAACUGCGCAACGGCACACUGAGCAACGAUGCGCUGGUUCGCCAAGGAUAUCAGGCUGGCCUUGAUAGAUGCGUCAUCGUGGCUGACAGCAAGCCUGCUGUCCGACCCAAAAUGGUCGCUACGACAUUCGAAGCUGUCAUUGGUGCAGUCCAUCACGAUAAUGGACAUGGGGCUGUCCAGCGCGUCAUGAAGUCUCUUGAUUCCUUCGACCAUCCACUCCGCACAGGAAUGUCUCAAACUCUCCACUUCUCACCUUGA